AUGUUCGUCAACAACAUUUUUUUGUGUUGUUGGUGUUUUGCUGUGAGGGAAAACAGCUCUGAUGUUGGCAGUGGAAAACAAUCACUUGUCGAUGACAGCAUCGCUGUUACUAGAGAUCGUUUAAUUGAUAUAAUAUUGAAAGACAUUAAAAGAAGAGAAAUAAACCAAGCAACGUUCUCGACUUGUUUAUUAUCCACCGGAUCAACAGAAAAGGAAAAAAAAAACAUCGACGUGGAUGCUCAGUCGUUUCAAGGAAAUACCGCACUACAUAUCGCUACGGCGUCAAAAAAUUUAAAAAUAAUUGCAUUGCUCGUAGCCGCCGGUUCAGACUGCAACAUAAAAAAUUCAGACGUUAAACACGAUUCCAGUGAUUACAAAAGUAGUGACGACAGUGAAAGUUGCAGUGAAUGGAUAAAUGCCGACGUCGACUUGUCCAGCGUCAUGUAUCGCAAAUGUCGUCUUAAUGAAACUGAUAGUUCCAGCGAGGAUGAAAAUGAUACGAACAAAGGCAUGACAGCCAGAGAUUAUUCUUUCGGAGAUGAAAAGAUUUUGAUGUUGUUGGACGGGAAGACUUAUGAUGAAGUUGUGAAGGAGAGAGUCGCAGACGUGCAAACUGGUACAGCUUUGGAUUCCCACCAGAAACUACUAUUGAGCAUAAAUUUUGACUCCGGACUAGGAUCGUUAUCAUAA